AUCCCCUGUUAAGGAAGCUUUACGAAUACGUGCAAAAUGAAUGGCCAAGAAAUACUACCUUCAGCGGCGAAUUAUCGCAAUACUAUCAUAGGGAAGAUAAUCUCUCAACAAUCGAAGGCUGCAUUUUAUUCGAAGAGAGGGUGGUCAUACCCGAAAGACUAAGAGAACGCUGCCUCCUUCAGCUUCAUCGAGGACAUCCGGGUAUACAGCGAAUGAAGGCGAUCGCUCGCAGUUAUGUAUUCUGGCCAACAAUUAAUGAUGAUAUUACUGAAUGUGUAAAUGCUUGCCAUCCUUGCGCCCUUGCGGCCAAAUCACCUAAUCACACAAAUCCUGUACCUUGGCCAAAUACUAAAACACCUUGGGAACGUAUCCAUGUAGACUACGCAGGGCCUCUUGAUGGCGAAUACUUUUUAGUAGUGGUGGAUGCAUUUUCUAAGUGGCCUGAGAUUAUCAAGACACAAAGCACAACAUCGACUGCUACCAUCGGAAUACUCAGGAGUUUAUUUGCGCGUUUUGGCAUGCCGGUCACACUUGUAAGUGACAACGGAACACAAUUUUGUAGCAGUGAAUUUGAGGAAUUUUGCCUGCGUAGUGGUGUUCAUCAUCUUACUUCUGCCCCGUACCAUCCGCAGUCGAACGGACAGGCGGAAAGAUUUGUCGAUACGUUCAAGCGUGCUCUGGCCAAGAUAAGAAAUAAUAGAACGUCGCUGCAAGAAUCUCUAGAUAUAUUUUUACAAACAUACCGGACGACUCCUAACUUCCAAAACCCGCAACAUCAGUCUCCAGCGGAUGUAAUGUUUGGCAGAUCCAUUAGAACAUGUUUUGAGCUUCUUCGUCCACCUUCCAAAAUGCAGUAUGAAUCGUCUAUGAAUACCAGCAGAGUUUUUGCGAGGGACGAUCUGGUUUACGCGAAGCUUUAUCAUCGCAAUGGUUGGAAAUGGGUUCCCGCAGUGGUAGUUCAGAAGUGCGGCAACGUCGUGUACAAACUAAACACAGGUCAACGGAUGAUUAUCAGUCAUGUGAACCAGUUGAACCGUCACCGUCACCGUCACCGUCACCGUCACCGUCACCGUCACCGUCACCGUCACCGUCACCGUCACCGUCACCGUCACCGUCACCGUCACCGUCACCGUCACCGUCACCGUCACCGUCACCGUCACCGUCACCGUUCCAAUGGAACCGGUCCCGCAUGCUUCUCGUUCGUCGGAAUCUAA